AUGGCCACUUCUCCAGUAGCCAGCGAAUCAACGUCCAGUUCGGAUACCAAGGAGCUGGAGGUCCUCCUCCCGUCCUUUCUCCGUCAGGCGACGGCUUUCCAGCAGAUGGGAAAAGAACUUGACAAUUAUAUGAAAGGGUCUCGAAGCAUGAAGAUUGUGGUUGACGGUAUCAACAAAACAGUUACCUCCCUUUGUGACAAGUCGUGGCCUCGUGUUGAGGAAUUCGCAGCUCUGUUAGAGGACCAAGCACAGCUAUGGUCAAUAUUGGAAAUCGAUAUCCAGAAGAUGGGAAGAGGUUUCAAACACUUUGGAGAACAAUUCUACAUGGUACUGAAAGCAAUUGACCUUCGUAAGAAAACUAGGAAAGAAUACGCCGAGCUGAGGGCUAACGUUAAGAAACAAGAUGAAAGUUUCAUGGUGAAGAAGUCAGAGAAGGCAAAGGCGCGGCAUCAUAUGGAGACAAAGCUUGCCGAAUGUCUUGACAUCGACCGAUGUUUGGUGAUACGGAUAAAGGAAAUACAGCUUGGACAACGUCGUUUUGUGGCAGAACAGUACAGUCAGUUCAUGGCUGCCCAAGCUGGAUUUUGUAAGGACACACUAGAGAUAUUAAAUAUGGUACCCGAUAUAUUGACGGGGUUCUUGCCCAAAAAGUCUCCUCGGUGUCCAAAACCAGAAAAAAAGAAGUUGGACCUUCCAGUCCCCAAACCUCCAAAGAAGAAAAAUGCCACGAGGCGACAACAAGCACAAUGA